AAUCAAUCAACCAAAUUCUCAUCCUUGGAAACCCUAGUUCCGACGCCAUAUAGCUUAUUCCCUUGGCCAUUCUCUUCAGAUUUCCAUUCGAUUCGCUUCGAAAUCUAACGGACUAUUCGAUUCGCAUCGUGCGCGAAGAUGAAUUGAUGUUUUCCGGUAGAGAAAUAGAGAAAAUCUCACUCCAGUUUUCUUCCGUCGAAGAAUUUGCGGUCGCUUUUCGCCGAUUGGAUAAAAUUCAGUCGAUCCGAAAUAAGCCGGCGGUUUACAGCUCAGCAUCAGCUAAGAGAGACGUCCAGGGUGCAAGAGAAGCCGAUUUUUGUGCUAAUUGAUAGAUCCGAUCGAGAUCGUCGCAGUCGAAGGAGUAGCGUAGCAGCGUUUUAUUAAAUUUUUGUUAACAAGCCCUAAACUAUUGCUGCUGAGUGAAGCUUUGAGGAUUAAUUUCGUCACGGUCAGGAUGUUCAACUGAUCUGUUGAAGGAAUUUGGUUUGACUGAUUUUAUCUUGAGUUAUUGAAGAGAAGUUGUGAGAGAAAAAAAAGAGCUGUUUUAGUUUUUUUGUACUUUAUAUAUCAGUUUUAUUUGAGUUCAAUAUCAGGCCUAUUAUAAUUUUUUUGAUUUUGGCCUUUUUGUUGUUGUUGUUAUUGAUUUGUUUGAGGAAAAAAAGGAAUUUUAAGGAAAAAAGAGAGUCAUGGCAGUUUAUUUUAAGUUUAAAAGUGCAAAAGAUUACGAUUCAAUAGCAAUUGACGGUCACUUUAUUACUGUUGGGAACUUGAAAGAAAAAAUAUUUGAAUCCAAGCAUCUAGGCAGGGGUACAGAUUUUGACCUCGUUGUCACCAACGCCCAGACUAACGAAGAAUAUCUUGAUGAGGACACCUUGAUCCCCAAAAAUACUAGUGUUUUGAUUCGUCGUGUUCCUGGACGACCUCGCAUGCCCAUAGUAACUGCACCUGUAGCAGAACCAGACGAGCCCCAAGUAGAAUACCAAUCUGAGGAGGCUCAAACAGUAAAAAGUAGUUAUCUGGGAGGGGUGUCAUCUGCCACCAAAUAUCCUGAAGAUCUAGAUUGGGAUGAAUUUGGGAAUGAUUUGUAUGCUAUUCCUGAAGCAAUGCCAGUUCAGUCAAGCAACCAAGUGCAGGAUGCUCCUCCUCCAAGCAAAGCUGAUGAGGAGAGUAAGAUCAAAGCUUUAAUUGACACUCCAGCUUUGGAUUGGCAGAGUCAACCCUCUGAUGGCUUUGGUGCUGGUAGAGGUUAUGGACGAGGUCCAGGUGGAAGAAUGAUGGGUGGACGUGGUGGACGAGGCUUUGGUUGGGGUGGAUUGGAACGGAAAACACCACCACCGGGCUAUGUAUGCCAUCGUUGUAAGGUGCCGGGGCAUUUCAUCCAGCACUGCCCAACAAAUGGUGACCCAAAUUAUGACAUCAAGAAAGUGAAACCUCCAACUGGCAUUCCAAAGUCCAUGUUAAUGGCAACCCCAGAUGGUUCAUAUGCUUUACCAAGUGGUGCUGUUGCAGUUUUAAAGCCCAAUGAGGCUGCUUUUGAUAGAGAAGUUGAAGGGAUGCCUUCUAUACGUUCCGUCGGUGAUCUUCCACCAGAACUUCAUUGUCCCUUGUGUAAAGAAGUAAUGAAAGAUGCGGUGCUAACAAGCAAGUGUUGUUUUACGAGUUUCUGCGAUAAAUGCAUAAGGGAUUAUAUCAUCUCAAAGUCAAUGUGCAUCUGUGGGGCCACAAGUAUACUUGCUGAUGACCUGUUGCCUAACAAGACUUUGCGGGAUACAAUAAAUAGAAUACUGGAAUCAAAUAAUAGCAGUGCAGAGCAUGGGGGUAGUGCUCUUCAAGUUCAAGAUAUGGAGUCAGCACGCAAUCUCCCACCUAAGAUUCCAUCUCCUUCACAAUCUGCAGCUUCAAGGGGAGAGCUGUUACCACCACCUCCUCCUCAUAAGGAGGAAACUUCUUCUAAAGUCCAGGAGAUUGCUGAGGAGGGUAAAAAUGGCAGUGCACCACAGCAAAUGGUGGAGAGAGGCAGGAUUUCUAAGGUUGCAGAUGUUUCUGAAGCCACACAUGAGUCAGUUAGUGUUAAAGAACCUGCAUCCCAGGGAAGUGCUCCAUUGGCUGAUGAAGAAGUUCAACAAAAGCAUGUAGCUGCGGAGGCAGCAAAGAAAAAGAAGAAGAAGAAAGCACGCCUGCCAUUGAACCCUGCUGCUGCGGAGAUGCAGUGGAGAGCUGCUCAAGAUCAUCUUGCUGCUGAGAAUUAUAUGAUGUCCAUGGGUCCUUCUGCGUAUAAUCCUUAUUGGACAGGCAUGCAACCUGGACUAGAUGGGUUUGCAGCCCCUUAUCAUGGUGCCAUGCCGUACAAUCCUUAUGGGUUUGGUCCUCUAGAUGUUCCAUUUGUCCCUCCUGUAUUACCACAAGAUCCAUUUGGCGGACAAGGUUUUAUGUUGCCUUUUGGUCCUCCAAUGCAGAGGGAUCUUGCAGCAGAGUUUGGGAUGGGAUUUAAUGCUGGCCCACCAAUCAUGAGCAGAGAAGAGUUCGAGGCUAGAAAGGCUGAUCUGAAAAGGAAGCGUGAGAUCGAGAUACGGGGAGAGAGCAGGGAGUUUCCUAAAGACAGGGAACAUGCAAGGGAAGUUGGGAGCGGUGCUGAUGGUCCUCCAGUGAAAUCCAAAUCUAAAGCUAUUCCUCCUCAAUCGAGCUCCGGCCGUCCCCGCCGACCUGAGAGGCCAUCACCGGACCUUGACCACCACCGCCGACCUGAGAGGCCAUCGCCAGACCUUGACCACCACCGCCGACCUGAGAGGCCUUCGCCGGAGCUUGACCACCGCCGCCGACCUGAGAGGCCCUCACCUGACCUUGACUAUCACCGUCGGCCUGAGAGGCCAUCUCCAGACCGUCGAUCGCGAGAUCCUGAACUUCCUCGCCCUUUGUCCAAGAGAAAGUAUGAAGAUUAUGAUGAUCACCAUCAUGAGGACCGCCAUCGCCGCGACCACCAUGAGGACCGCCACCACCGUGAGUAUGCCCAUCGCAGUAGCAGUAGCCACCACCGUUCAGAAUCUUCAGCUAGCGUCAAACCAUCCUCCACUGGCCCAUCCGAGCCACCAGUGGUGGCGCCACUCAAAUCCAUGGAUAAGAAGAAGGCCAGUGUUUUUUCUCGCAUCAGUUUCCCAGCUGAAGAUGCACCAGCAGCUUCAAAGAAGCGAAAGGUGUCAUCCUCCAGUGAAGUGCCAGUGAGUUCCUCGGCGAGCCACCGGGGUACUACAUCAAAUGGGUAUCACGAAGAGUACAAAGCAGCUACUGGAUCAAGGAAGAGUGCUGCUGCAAGUAUGGAUUAUGAGAGUAGUGACGAUGAUCGGCACUUCAAAAGAAGGCCUUCAAGGUACGAGCCAUCUCCACCACCGGCUUCUGUACAGUGGGAGGAAGAGAAGCAGGAGGGGCCUCCUCCUAGGCAUAGCAAGGGGUCAAGGGAAAGAGGAUUGAGAUAGUAUAUGACAAGGAAGAGCUUGAAUUGGAAUGACUCUUGCAUGGAAUACAAAUACAGAUUCAGAAGGUGCAGGGAACAUCUAAAUCUGGAUCUCCUCUUCUGAGUGAUACCAUCUGCUUCACAAACUUCUCAGUGCAAAACUGAUACAACUUUUUGUUCGAUGCUCAAUGGGAUGGCACGGUGCAAUGAUUACUGAAUUCGCCCGCUCAAAGGAUGAACAUGAAUGUUCUAGAGCAUUUGUAGAUUCUUAUCCAAAAUUUGUAUCAUAUAAUGAUUCCAUAUAAUUGUGAACUGCAAACGCAAACAUUUCAAAAUAAGAUCGCGGGCUCCCUUAUUUUGCAAUUUUUAUAGAUUGUUUGAGCAUUA